AUGUUCACUGGAAUAUCCAGUGUGAAGUCUCCUAAUUUGUGUGUUCUUGCUUUGUCAUGGAAUGUCAUUGUAGCUGGAGAAGUAGGUUCCUGCUUCCUCACCCUGUAAUGAACACAAUAGGUGGAGAACAUAGAUAGGUAUCACAGAAAUGUAGUGUGAUUGCUGUUUCUAGGUGGGUUUGUAUGAUCAUUAAGUCUAGAUUUUCAGUUAAGUUUGCCUGGUAAUGUUAAUGUGAAUUUACAUCAGGGUCUCCAAGCCUGAUCUUUUUUGUGGAUAUUUUAUUUUUUAAGUAAUUGCAGACUAGUUUUGUUUGGUAGCAGGUUCUCAUAUCCCCCUAUCCAUUUAAAAAAAACUAAAUAUUCCUGGCUCACAGGGAGCUGUAACCUGUCCUAGCCCUGCUGUGUGCAAUGCAGGAAUUACCAUGGAUGGGACACCAGUCCAUUGCAGAUCUCACUCCCCUACAUAUCCACAUUCACAACUACUACUAGACAUAUUUAGAGCUACUAAAUAACCCAACAUGCUCAGCUUUGGGAUGUCCAUGUUGACAUUGGCUAGUCUGGCAGCAGCAUGGCAUCCUUUUUUAUAAACAAAACAUCUUAUGAAGUGUAUUUGUUUUGUAAAGCCUUUUUUAUCUCUUUUGAUUGAUAUUACAAGUAUAUUUGCAAUUAAUGCUGACUUUGCACAAGAAGAAGAGAAUGCAUCAAGUCCUGAGACCCCACCUCCUUCGACUCCAAUUUCUGCCAAAGUUAACAAGAUUGUCAAGAACCAAAGGGCUUUAAUUCCAAAUAAAAAUGAAACACCCACCAGAGAAAAUAGAGUUAGGACUUCUAGACCACGGCCCAGUCAGCCUCCAGAGCACACAGUACUUCCCACUAUGCAGCAGAAGCAACAUCAGCAACAAAGUGCUGCUCGUAAAAAAUCCAACUGUGUAAGGGAAGUUGAAAAGCUGCAGAAGAGGAGAGAGCGGCGGAGGGUGCAGCAACAAGAGAUGAGAGAGAAGAAAGCACAGGAGGUUGAUGCUACAAAUCCAAACUAUGAAAUAAUGUACAUGAUAAGAGAAUUUCGGGCAAGUCUUGACUACAGGCCACUAACUGAAGCUGAUCUGGUCAAAGAACACAGGAUAUGUGUCUGUGUACGGAAACGUCCACUAAAUAAGAAAGAAGCCACGGUUAAAGACUUCGAUGUUAUUACCAUCCCCAACAAGGACAUAGUGAUGGUACACGAGCCAAAACAAAAGGUGGAUUUGACAAGAUACUUGGAAAAUCAGACCUUCCGCUUUGAUUAUACUUUUGAUGACUCAACAACAAAUGAAAUGGUUUACAGUUUUACAGCCAGACCUCUUGUGGAAACCAUCUUUGAAAAAGGAAUGGCUACUUGUUUUGCUUAUGGACAAACGGGAAGCGGAAAAACACAUACAAUGGGUGGUGAUUUUUCUGGAAAGAGUCAGGAUUGUUCUAAAGGAAUAUAUGCAUUAGCUGCACAGGAUGUGUUUCUAAUGCAGAAGAAGCCUUACUACAAGAAACUUGAUCUUCAAGUGUAUGCAACAUUUUUUGAAAUUUACAGUGGCAAGGUUUAUGAUCUGUUGAAUCAAAAAACAAAGUUAAGAGUUCUGGAGGAUGGGAAGCAGCAAGUCCAGGUAGUGGGAUUACAGGAAUGUGAGGUGAAAUGCAUGGAAGAUGUUUUAAAGCUGAUUGAGAUGGGGAACAGCUGUAGAACCUCUGGACAGACGUCUGCCAAUGCUCAUUCUUCAAGAAGUCAUGCAGUGUUCCAGAUUAUACUUAGAAGAAAUGGAAAGAUUCAUGGAAAAUUUUCUCUAAUAGAUCUUGCUGGUAAUGAGAGAGGGGUAGAUACGCUGAGUGCAGAUCGACAAACGAGGCUUGAAGGUGCUGAGAUAAAUAAAAGUCUUCUGGCACUCAAGGAAUGUAUAAGAGCCUUGGGCCGCAACAAGCCGCAUACUCCCUUCAGAGCAAGUAAACUGACACAAGUGUUGAGAGACUCCUUCAUUGGCGAGAACUCGAGGACAUGCAUGAUUGCUACAAUAUCCCCAGGAAUGGCCUCGUGUGAAAAUACAUUGAACACUUUAAGAUACGCAAAUAGAGUGAAGGAGCUGACAGUGGACCCCACUGAAGGAAAGCCCAAUGCCAAUACUGUCAGUCAGUUUGAUGUUUUGGACACUCCUUGGGAUGUUCGAAGCUCAGCUCAUGGAGAUGAUCUAAAACUAUUCUCUGAACAAACUGAACCUGUAAAAUGGAUAGAGGGUGAAAAAACAUUGCUGGAAAUGACUGAAGAAGUGGACUAUGAUUUGGAUUCCUAUGAUAUGCCACAUGAAGAAAUUCUGGACCAGAACUUUGACAUUACAACUGAACUUAGAGAAAGCAUGGAGUUGCGUCAAAGAAGCUAUGAUUUAGGAGUUCAGAUUGGCUAUCAGCGUCGGAAUAAAGAUGUGCUGGCUUGGGUAAAAAAAUGCAAGAGAACUAUACGCAGGGAGGACUUGAUCAGCUUCCUGUAUGGUAAUGUUCCGCCUCUGAGGAGUUCUAAGGCUCCUUCAAGACUAGCUGUCAUGUCUCCGAACAGACCUCGUUCAACAGAAACAAGUUCUUCUGUAGAAUUUGAUCUUCAGUCUUGUCAUGAUGGCGAAGGUGUACACCCCACUAAGUUUUUAGACCAGCCUUUUCCUACAAAUAAAAAAGGGUUAAAAGGAGCUGGAGCCUAUUCCAGGUGUAUGAAGCACAAGGCUGGAAUCAAGCCCAGACAGGAUUCAAGUCCCUCACAGGGCACACCGGUGCACUCGCCCACAGUGACAAAACAAAGGGCCAAAAUAGAAUGAGUGUUCAACUGAACCAUCAUUUCUGUGCUGUGAGAGGAGAAACGCUACACAGUCACAACAGGCCAGCUUCACACAGACUGGGACUGGCCAGGAGUCAAAUGCAUGUUAAGAUGGUGAGGCGGUACCACUCUGAAAUUUAGUUGUUUUUUGUUUUGUUCACAUCAUGGAUGGGGAAACUUUUUUCAGAGAGAUUGCACUGAGGAGAUACUGAAAGUCUUCUUCACCUUGGUCAUGUUUAGCUGUGGCUUUACUCCGUGGAUGUUCCAGUUGAGCCACUUACAUGUUAAAACAAAAAACUGCUCCUUUUUGGUCAAAAACUCCAUAAAUGAAGUGGAGCAAUAUGGCUUUGUAAUGCAAAAGACUCCUGUUGGGUAUUUACAGAAAAUAAAAAAAAAUCAAUCUCUUAAAAUAUUA